GAAGUUUGAGUUUGCGUGCUUACUAGCAACCACUUUGAACAUUUCUGCAAAGCUAGAGAAGGGUUCCCAGUGCCGAUUCCGACACUGUGAAAAGGCUCUUGGCAGCGAUACUGUGUGCUCACUAUGGAGAGAGAAAAAAUGUUUAGAUCCACUUUGCAGAUUUAGACACAUGGAAAUGCAGCAAAACUGUAGCAUUUCAUGCUUCUGGGAAACUCAGCCUCUUGGUUGUGUGAAGAUCAGCUGUAUCUUUUAUCACAGCAAACCUCGAAACAUCAAUGGAUUGUUUUUACCACCAAGUAGCAAUGUCACACUACAGAAAGAAAGUCAGGAAGGAAUUCCAACCCCAACCCAGAGUCAAGAACCUCUGAAACCUCAGGAGAAUAUAUCUCGACCAAUUCACCAUCCUUUAGUUUUAAAAACUAACUUUGAGGAAGAAGAGGAUGAAGGAGAGGAUCAAAAUGAUGCUUCUUGUUUAUGGACAAAGACUGCUGAAGAAAUUGAAGAAAAAAGAGCAAUAAAGGACAUGUGUAAUAAAUCUGGUGAAUACUAUAGAUGUCAUGCUCUUCCAGAUGUUUCAUCAUCAAAAAGCAUUACUCCUCUACUGGAGAAGGAGUUAGAGAAGCCUUUGGAGAAUGGCAGUGAACUGCAAGAAGGGGAUGGUCUCACAGUUCCAACAAAAUUUAGUGUAAUCGAGAGGCAAGGCGAGAUAAAAAUAUCAUUGGAUAGGAAACCCAGGAUUGACAUUGCUGCUUUUGAAAAUGGAGGAGGUGACUGUUACAUUCCACAGAGGAUCAUAUAUAUUGGAGUAGAUGAAAGUGAAGCUUUAUCUGAAGAAAAGGAAAUCACCCUGUCAAAAUGUUCAAAUACUAAAGAUAUCAAGGACAAUUUCCACCCAAAGCGUUCCCUAACUACGCGAAUAGCACCUGCACCGCAUGUGUUAAAUGCUACCGAAAACAUUGGUUUGAAGUGUAGAGACGACCGCUCUUUAAUGAAUGAUGCCCCGCCAGUGAGGAAGUCUCAUUUGAAGGGUGUGAAAAAGAGAAAAUGGAUUUAUGAUGAACCAAAGAACUUUUCUGGUCCCGGAAUGCGACGAGCAGUACAGGCACCAAAUCCCAAAAACAAAAUGAGUUACCACCGCAACAAUAAGAACCGAAAUGCCGAGAAUGCAUCUUAUAUCCACAUGCAAAGAGAUGCCGUCAGGGCUGUCUCACUGAACGCCCCGCCCCGCAGCAAGCCCACGAACGGGUCCUGUAACAAAGCUGAUGUUAACAAGGAACCCAAACUCAACCUCUAUCCAGACAAAUGUAUGUCGACAUCGUAUAAUAGUUCAGCUUGGAGAAAAAGAAUUCCAUUUUCAAAAACAUAUUCAAAAAAUGAAAAGAUUUAUCCAGAGCAACGAAGAAAUGGAAGUAAGUAAACUUGGAGGUUGAGAGAAGAGAAAAAUGGGAAAAGAGGAAAGUGCCAGACAUCAUUUGAUUUACAAUCGAAAAUGAAACUUCAAAGAAUGAGAUAUUCAAGUACCCCAUAGUAUAAUCGGGAUAGCCAAAGAUGAUAAAAUGCAAAUUCUGAAAAUAAGAUGCAGGAAGUACAUUGUGCUCUUUCAACACUGAUAAAUAUGCAAAUUACAAACAGCUGCCUGUGAAUUUAUGUAGGUCUGGAAUUGAUUCAAUGCAUUACUACAAACAUUUAAUAAAAUUU